AUGGGCGGUCCCGAGAGCAGGUACCUUCUCGAUUUUGUCAAGUACCUUGCCAGGAACCGGAUGCGUGAACCGGGAAACGAGGCCCAAAGAGAUACUUGGACCUCAACCGACCAUUGCGUCGUUGGCUACCAUUCCAACAAGUCUACAGUGCGGCUCGACUCGUGCUGGAACGCCUUUGACUUCCUCCCGCCCCCGAAUGUCCAGUGUCGUUGUCUCCCAAGACCAGCCCCACCGUCCAGACCACGAGAUGCUACAAGCUCUGCAUGGAAAGGGCACCGGCCUGCAGCUGGCCAGGCGACGGUGUCUCGUCCGUUUGGAUCUCGAUACAACAUUUCCCACACAAACACAUGCACAAGAGAGGGAGCCGUUUUAGACAACCCUGCCACUGGAACAUCGUGA